GUCGCCUGUGCCGCCACCCUCCAGCCGCCACCCCCUGCUGAGGCCUGAGGCAGCCGCGCUGCUGCAUGCGUCUCUGCGGGCCCCACUCGAGUCUGGACACGCGAACCUGCCGGGGAAUACCUACGCCGUGCAGCCCCAGCUGGCAUCCAUGCUGCCAUUUCUCUCCCGAGUCGCAACCUUCACGAGGGUUCUAGUGCGCGCCCAGUCUCGUAUUCUACGCCCAUCCGCUUCUUCUGACGACAUCCAUGACAGUACUUCCCGCCUCCGUGCGUCGAUGCCUGCUCGUCAUCGUGCUCGCAUGUGGAGUACCCAGUGCGCCGUCUUGAUAUAAGCCAUCGUCGCCGCCGUUGCCUAUCAGUUGUAUUCUCCCUUCAAUUGGGGCUUUCCUUUGCAUCGUACGGAGUCUCCUCGCCUCCUCCCCACCUUACGACUUUUACGACGCGCAAUGGCUGGCUCUUCGCUCGACAACAAUCCGCCAAAUGCCUCGCGCCACCUCACGGCAGGCGGUUCGGACUGGCUGUGGGCCGUCACCGCCAUCAUGGGUCUAUGCGACCUCGCCAUGAUCGGCUGGUCAUUUGCUAGGCCUCGAGGAACUCGAGUCUUCCACCAGAUUGGUAUUAUCGUCCUGACCACUGCGACGAUUGCAUAUUUCGCCAUGGCAUCCGACCUGGGUGCCGCGCCCGCGACUGAGGAGUUCCUCCGCGGCGGUGCCCCUGGUACGACCCGUCAGAUCUUCUACGUCCGCUACAUCCAGUGGUUCAUCACGCUCCCGCUGCUGCUUCUUGUGCUGCUCCUCACCACCGGUCUGACGCUCUCCGACAUCUUCACGACCAUCUUCAUGGGCUGGGUGUUGGUCAUCUGCGGUCUCGUUGGUGCUCUCACCACCACGUCCUACAAGUGGGGCUUCUUCGUCUUCGGUCUCUUCGCCCUGUUCUACAUCUGGCACGCGCUCCUCGGACACGGCCUGCGCUCGACCUUCAUAGCAGGCGGCGGCGUGCGCAGCGGCUACAUCCGCACCGCGGGCUACUUCGCGCUGCUGCUCAUGCUCUACCCGAUCUGCUGGGCGUGCGCCGAGGGCGGGAACGUCAUCUCCGUCACGGGCGAGAUGAUCUGGUACGGCAUCCUCGACCUCUUAGCGGGCCCCGUCUUCCUGUUCUUCUCCCUCUUCGGCCUCCGCUCCGUCGACAUGGCCGCGUUCGGGCUCUGGUCGGGCAAGUACACGGACACGGGGUACGGCCCUGGCGCGGGACACGCGAAUGGUGCGGGACAUGCGAAUGGCGCGGGAUACACGAAUGGCGCGGGUGCGGCGGGCACGGGCAUGGCGGCGGCGCCGGGCGCGAACGGCGCGACGGGUGUGGGUGCGCCCGGCGGGGCAGCAGCGGCCAACCAGGUCUGAGCAGGUAGUCUCGCUUCAAACCCUUUACCACCGUGGGUGCACGUGUGCACUGCACUCAGGAGCCUCUUUCCAUUGUCACGACAUAAUAUCGCGCGUGCUCUUCAUGGGACCGUAUUAUCCACGAGCAGUCCCAGUGCGUAGUGCGCGUUUACUCCGAUCCUACGAUACGCCAUUUGCUUUGCAUUGAUAGUGUACGAUCGCCGUUAAACUGUUAAUGACCCCUCAUGUACGGCGCAGUGUCUGUAGAUAAGUGCAACUCCAGUUUGUAUUCUGUUACCAAUGCAAUGUGUGUUGUUGAUUGUAUCAUACCCUAGUGUGUGACGCGAGGGCCUUCGAGGACACAGUUCAGUAACGUGUGCCAUCAUGGAGCAAGCCGAG